UCCUACUCGCAGGAGGAGCACUUGAACGCAGCCUCAGUAUACUGCAGCCUGUCUGUCUGGCGAUGGUGGACCGGAGAGACGGAUGGUUCAGGGCCAUCCUCAUCUAACCUCAACAUGCAGCAAGUGUAACUCGAUUAAUGCCCAGGUUAACAGUGCUUAAACCAGGUUACACGUUUAUCUAGUCACAUUAACGCGUAUUAUUGUUAAUCAUGGAGGACGACUGUGUGUGUGAGUACGACUCGACCUGGGAGUCAGAUUGUGAUGCAGACGAGCCGGCCGGAGAGAGCCAGACCAGACGAGCCUGUCAGGACAAAAACAAAUCAUCUGGCUGGACUCUAGUGACUUGGCAUCACACGCCCAGAAACAUGAGGGCAGCAAAGGACAUGCAGACCUACAGGAAAGGAUAUCCAAAUCUUACAGAUGACGAGUGCUCAGAAGAUAAAAUGAACAAUUUGCAGUUUUAUCUAAAUAAAUUUCCCUCCGCUCCUGAUGAUGUCUACAUUGAAUCAUUUCUUAAGGAAUGGAAAAAUGACUACAAAAGACUGGAGAGAGUUCACUCGUACAUUCAGUGGCUGUUUCCACUGCGAGAGCCGGGGGUUAAUUACAUGGCUUCAGAACUCACCAUGAAGGAAAUUGAGGCCUUCAAGAAGAAUGAGGACGCCAAAAAGAGACUAGUCGAGUCUUAUGAACUCAUGUUGGGCUUCUAUGGCAUGCGUUUGGUCAACAAAGAGACGGGUGAAGUGAAACGAGCGGAUAAUUGGAAGGAGCGAUUUGGAAACCUGGAGCGGAAUAUGCACAACAACCUGCGCAUCACUCGCAUCCUGAAGAGCCUCGGAGAGCUGGGAUUUGAACACUACCAGGCUCCUCUUGUGCGCUUCUUUCUGGAAGAGACUCUAGUCAAAAAGACCCUCAGCAGUGUGAAACGCAGCGUGCUUGACUACUUCCUGUUUGCCGUCAAGGACAAGCUGAAACGUCAGGAGCUCGUGCGCUUCGCCUACCUUCACUUUGAGCCAAAGGACAAGUUUGUGUGGUGUCCCAGAAAGAUUCAGAAACAACUCAGGAAGGCGGAGAAAAAUCUCGGGAAUGGAGAUGGAAAAGAUGAAGCAUAUUCACGGAGUAAAAGCAAAGAUGGAGAUGCAGUUGUGCAACAAAAAGAGGACGGAUUGGAUAAUGUUACAAAGAAAGGAACUGAUAAAACAGCAAGUAAAGACAAAAACAAAUCGUCUGAGGCGUCCCCUGAGCCAAAACCAGAAGCAGAGACUGUCGGAAAUGGAAAUGCAGAAGCUGAAUCUAAUAAUGAAAUUUUGGGGAAUGGAAAUGACUCUACAGAUGAUGUUGAUGAAAUGGAGCAGUCACCCAGUCCCGACUCUGUGACGGCAAAAACCGAGCCUUGCGCGGACAGCGAGGAGACAUUCACCACCGACUCGAAGGACACCACCCAGGAAUCAGACAACAUUAUGCAAACAGAUGAGGACAUAGACACUGAAAAACCACCGAAGAAGAAGAGAGAAGAUGACAAGGUGCUGCAAAGCAACGGCGACUCUGCCAGUGGGCAGAUGGAGGAGAAAGCUGGUGCUAAUAAAGCCACUGGUCAAACGAGCCCGUCGGCGCAAACCCCCGCUAAGACUUCAAAACAUUCGCCCUCUCUUUCUUCUGGAAGAGAGGAAAAAAUCCCAAGGACUGAUUUUAAUCAAGUGCCAGAUAAAAAGGAAGAGGAGGAAACGUCGCAGGCAAAAGUGUCAGCAACAAACGGGUCAGUGACGACGAGCGCUGACAAAGGUGUGGCUGAACAGACAAACGGGAAGGAGUCGGAGGAUAUUGAUAUGGAAUCAAACCCCUCAAGCUCAGACCAAAAUGUGAAGAGUUCAUGAGUUAACUGGAUGAUUGGAGAAAAUACAGUAAUUUGAGCUUAAAUGAAAUGUAAUAUAGGGACAGAGUAUGACUUAAAUAGACUUCCUGGGCCUUAUUUCUACUAUAUUUGAUGUUUAAUAUUGAUUCUUUUCAUUUUGAAGGAGUAUAUGAAUUUGUUGCUAAAUGUGGGACUGGAUGUGACUCAGUUUCUACGUGGCCAUCAGACAAUAUUAAAAGGAGGAGGCUGGUGAUAUUCUAUAUUUUUGUUAAUGUCAACAGAUCCUAUAAGUAGUUUAAAUCCAACUGGACAACUCAGACAGUAAACACGUUAGCAUUAGUAGCUCAGUAGUGGUAGCGCCAGCCGUCGAGUCUCUCCAAAACCAACAGUGUUAGUCAAUCGAGUAUUUAAUUGUGAGUAUUUGCAGCAGCACGACGGUGAAUUGUGGGACUGACUGAAAAUUAACUACAGUGUUCGUGUUUAUUGUAACAGUAAUAUUUAGUCAGACAAUACUUGUGGCAUAAAUCCAUUGUUUGGUCUUUUCAUGGGAUUUGUCACCAAUAAGAGAAAUAUAGAAUAUCACCAGACUUCUCCUUUUUAGGUAAUAAUGACAACGGCUGAUUUAAUAUCUCUAAAGCACUAUUAUUAAUGUAUGUCAAAGAAAUGAUGGUUUCAGCAUUUUUAACACCUUAAUACUUUCACAAUUGUUUUGCACUGAAAAAUAAUUAAUUGGAAGAGCUUUUUUUUUUCCUCUUUGGGCUGUUUAUGUGCGAGUAAAACUAAUCUGUACUGGUUUGUGUUUCUGCUAGCCCCCGCUGUUCAAAUUGAUUCAAGACUGAAUGUCACUUAAGUUAUAUUUCAAUAAUGUUGCACAGUCUGUGUGUUGUCAUGCAGAUUUGGAAAGUAGACUUUUUGAACAAUUGAAAGCUUUGCCAAAAAUGUGAUAGGACUGGUUGAUUGUACAAUAUGGAUGUCUCCUCGGCAGAACUGAUCAAGCUUUCGCUAUAAUUUAAAGUCCAAUACAUGUUAAUUUGACAUGAGUGAAGUCCAUGAAAAUGUACAAGCCAGGGUUAGUAUAUUGAUGCAUCUUUUUAUAUUUGCACUUAAUUUUCACUAUUAAUUGUUGAAGUUAUGAUAUUUACAUAAUGAAAUGGUAAUAACUACAAAAGUGCUGAAUUGUUUAUGACUUUUUUCCCCCCAACUGAAUACCUGGCUGUUGACAAAGCAGAAUAAAGUUAUACUAUUUUUUGAA